AUGGACGGCCAAGAUGCUCCAACACCCCCGCAGAAGCAGUACCAGUGCCCGGUCUGCCUGGAGUCCUUCAAGCGACACGAACAUCUCAUUAGGCACUCUCGCAGGCAUACCCAGGAGAAGCCCUUCAAGUGUGAUACAUGUCACAAGGAAUUUGCCAGGCGGGAUAUCCUUUCGCGUCAUCAAAUCGUCCAUGUGCCCGCAGACGUGCGUGCUCAAAUGCCGCAGAAACAAGUUAAGCGUGGUACAAAACGCAUCCAACAGGCCUGCAGCAACUGUGCAAAAGGCAAGUGCCGUUGUGAUGGCGUUCAUCCGUGUUCGACAUGUCAGAGCCGUGGUUGGGAGUGUGAGUAUCCGAUUGCACCCACACCCACGAAGAGGAAAAGAACCGAUUCAAGUGCUUCUACCGCUGCUGCAAAGGUUUUGCUCGCUGUGGCCAGUGCCAAUGUGAGUCCUAAGCAAGAGUAUCUUCAGGAUCCCAUGGCUGGUUAUAGCGAACCAGUGAUGCAACCACCACAGGUCUUUGCGACGCAGCCAGGGGUUCUGCAGCCAGAUAGCGCCAAUCUCUUUUUCGCACAGCACACCGAUGGACUACAGCCUGGUAGUGUGUUUGAGAGCAGGGCUCCUUCGCCAAGUCACGACUUUGAUGCACAAUUCGAGUCGACUGCCUUUGCGCCAUCCGUUUUUACAUUUCUCUUUCAAGAUGCUCGAAAGCCGAUGCAUCUACCAACCUUGACAUCGAUCCUACCAACACUCAUGCCCACCAGCAUUUUUCAACUGGGUAUGGGCUUUGAAGCCGGUACAAAGACUGGCAACGGCUACAGCAGUUUCCGUGAUGCAAGCUUCCCAGUCACGCGGCCAGCAUCGCCCGUACCCAGCUUCACUUCUGCGGAAGUCGAUGAAGCCUAUACGAUCGUUGAAGACAAGAAUCACGUCCCCAGGCUGACUGCAGAGGAUAAGAAGCACCUCGAAGAUUAUGUGCAGCUCGAGCUACCCUCCGCGCGGCUCCUCAAUAUCUUUGUGCAGCUCUACUUUGAGCACUUUCAUCCAGUGAUGAGUCUCCUGCAUCGACCUAAUUUCGGGGCAAGCAUCAGUCCAUCGAUCACAACGCUCGCUGUGAUUGCUAUUGGCGCACAGUACUACCUGCGCGACACGCUGCCGACGAUGCAUCGACCACUCAUGGCACUUGCUUAUAAACUCGUUCGCAUUGAGCAAGAGAAUUUCUACACCAUGCAAGCGCAAUGCCUGUUGGAUAUCGCCGAUCUCUACAGUCUACAAUCACAGGCUGUUAUGGAAGCUGCAGAGGAACGUCGUUCGUCACUCGUCAAGCGUGCUAGGCUGCGCAACAUGUUCAACGAGAACUAUGACGAACGACCAGAAGACCACCUCAAUACGGAAGGUCGCUGGCAGAUUCUGCGACGUGCAGAGGAACGACGUCGUCUUGCUUGGGGAAUUUUUGCAAAUGACACCAUGUUUGCAUUGCUAUUUGGCGUGCGGCCAUUGAUUGAGGUGGAUGACAUCAAAAUUUCCCUCCCUUGUCUUGAAUCACUUUGGGAAGCAGAUACAGCUGCCGAGUGGGCUGCCGUCUUUGAACCAGAACACCUGCCCUUGCGUACGCGCACACUCUGGGGUGCUGGACGUAUAGAGGAACGCGGUGCACGCGAGUAUGGACAAUGCUGUCGUGUGGUGUUGGGAUUAGUGGAAGCGAGGCGGGUCUUUGAUUUCGCUGGUGCUGUUCCCAAGAAACUCGCACCGGAAUCAGACAUGCAGCGACAAAUGCGACAAGAUGCAGAAUCUGUCCUUGCAAAUGCUAAAAUGAUGAGCCACAAGGCUUUGACGCAUCUAGGAGAAGUCCUUGCUGCACGUCCUUCUCCCUCACAAACAACACAAUCGGAUGCUUUGUUGAAUCUGCAGUUCGUCAAGUUGACAACACUCCUGGAUAUGCAACUCUUGCGCUGCUACAUGACGGGAGAUGAUAGGGGAAUCAAGGAUUUCUACACAAAUGAACGGACCGCUAUGGCUGCGCGCGAGACAGUCAUCUGUGCUGCAAAACUCCUUGCUAUUCUCCUAUGCAGCCAUCAAUUCGGACCAUUUGCCGGAACGAUGGGGUUGUUUUCGGUGGUGGCCAUGCUGACAUUUGCCAAGUACUACCCAGCGAAUCUUAUGGGACUUGAGCCAAUUCAGCUGGAUACAGUCAUUGAGGGGUCUGGACCGAUGUUGCGUUGGAUCGAGACAGGACUGUGUAUCCCCAUUGUCUCGAGUGUGGGUGUCCUUGAUGCAGAACACGCUGGCGUUGUCUUGCUCAAAGGUGCCGAAGCACUCAGUCACGUGGAAUGGGGUCGUGAACAGCUUCUCAAAACAGUUGAAAUGUUGGGUGUCCUUAUGUAGACCUUGUAUCAGUCACGCUGAUCCUCUCAUAUUCAAUCAGCGUCCAUCCACCAUGCCCGGCCUUGUAAAAUGCUCUUUGCAUCGUGCGCUAUAUACCGCAACCGUCUGUGAACGGCUUUUUCAUAUGCUUCCAGAUCUUGACUAUUGAGGCGACCUGCAUCACGAAUCAUCAUGGCAGAGAGUUGCACGCCUUGUUGCACAGUCAAAUCUGUAGAAAUCCCUGCAGAAGCGUGGAUUGGCCAGGUUGAGCACGGUUCAAUCAUGCCAGUGACAUGCAGCCAUUGCCCAAUCUCCAGCUUGAGGUUUAGAGUUUGAGAGAGCAUGCUAGAAAUGUCCACCACAAGCACAUGAUGAUCGUGAUGGAGCAGUAGGCCGCCUGUACAGGGCUUAUAAUCUAGGACGCUCUCCAGUCAGUCAUUUACUUGAGAAGCAGACAAGGGG